AGAAAGAAGAAAUUAAUCGAUUAGAUUGACGCAAUUCAAAAUUUGAUCACUUCGUAAGCUAUGCUUAGCUUGGCCUGGUGUGUUUUGGUGAUAUUAAUUCCAAAGUCGCUACAACAAAUAAGCGACAAUGAUGAGCAGCGUCCAGUACUUAUUGAUUCCAAUGAAAAUGUUGAUGCUUCGCGUACAGAUCACAUUGAAACUGUUACACCGUAUCCAAUUUAUCUAGAUGAUGAUGUAAUACACGAAAAAGCGUUACUUACAGGAAAUAAGCACCAGAGUUCCGUAAGAAAAAACAUACCGUACAUAUAUCCAAAUUUUUUGAGCGCGGGUUAUUAUAACGAUGGAAGGCAGUUGCUACGUCGUAGGCCAAAGAAGAGGGGGAAAUAUCGGCCUAAACCCUAUCCAAAACCAACCAAACCCACAAGGCAAAGACCCCGGCCUCAUCCUGAUUUAGACGGAGAUUACGAUGAAGAUACAGAAUUACUAAACGCUUUGAUAAAACUCAAUGGCCAAUUUAUAUUUCGAAGCAGUUAAUAUGACAGAAUAUUUGUCCCACACAGAUUUAACAGAUUGAAUUAAACAUGGCAUACAUCAGUCUCGUUAACCAGACCGUAUUAUAAAAUAUAUGCAAGCAGUUGAAAAUUUAGCAUACUUCAAUCAGAUCUCGAUUGGCUUCCCAGUAACUUCUUGAGUGGAUGUAGAUUUUAAUUUACAUUGUGGUGAUUAAAUAUUAUGGGUCAGAUGAAAUUGUAGCUACUUAGACAUUUUAUGAAUUGCCAAUUGUGCUUCAUCUUAUUCAAAACUGUGGUCUGUGUACGUUUAGUCGUUUCUGUCAUAUUCAUAUUUUCGCAAAUUUUGUUGUUUCUUGUUUUUAGUUUCUGAUACUUUGUUCGAAAAUUACGGAAUUAAAUUUCAAUUAUAAUUAAUCAAUGUUUCAA